CUGAAGCCACAUCAUCCGAGAUCUUUGAAAUUCAAGAUACUACGACUUCGACACUCGCGCAUCGAAGUUGCACAGCAAGCUGUAUAUUCCCGUCAGUAACCCAUUCGAUAGUACUCGCUCUCCGUUGCAUGAGAGCCACCACGCCGCUCGACGCAUCGCUUGGCGCGACGCCGCGCGUUUCGGCCAUCCCUUGUUCCAAGCCAUCCACAUCCACCCUCAAUUUGUCGACGCUGUCCAGCGCCAGACCAGUAUGCAUCUGCAAAGUCCGUCGCGGGUUGUGCUCCUCGCCAUCCUUUCGCUCGCGAGCAUAGCUGUCGCCGAUGACGCCACCAAGACAACAAUCAGCUCUACGCCUGCCAUCACACCCUGCGUCGCAACAUCCACCAACGGCGCAUUCUUCGAUUUGCGCCCAGACGCCGCCGUCGUUGUGCAAAAGGACGAAAAGCCGCCGAAAGGCGUGCCAACAGAAGACUAUGUUGCUAAGGGCUGGGACUACGGCUCGAACUUUACGCUCAACAUCUGCAAUCCCGUCGUCAAGAGGGUGGAUGAUGUCGUCGGGGUGGACAAGGCGCUGUGGAAGAACAUCAGCGCAUACUACGAGACUAAGGGGAAGGUCCAUUCUCUAGGGCUGCAAUCAGGGACGCUUGUCCCGCGGGGGCGCAAGCUUGUUCUGCAAUACACGGGCGGGUCACCAUGCGGCGCCUCCGACAAGAGCAGGGACAAGCGCGCCGGCGUCCACGAAGGGGCGAGGUACAAGUACAACGAUUUCGACGACGAUGGGGAGGACGAAGGUGACUACUACGCGCCUAGACGCACGUCCAAGGACGACGAGGACGACAAGGGCGGAAAGAAGGACAAGGACAGGCAAAAGGACGAGCCGGUCCGCCGCAAGUCGGCCACCAUCUCGUUCCUCUGCGACCACGACCCGGACACGCCGACGGCUUUCUCCUUUGUCGGCACCGACCCGGACGAGUGCGCCUACUUCUUCGAGGUCCGCUCGCAGCACGCCUGCGCCGGCGCUGAGCCGCACAAGCCUGGCAGCGUCGGGCCGGGGAGCGUCUUUGCCAUCAUCUUCUUCAUUACUGUCCUGGUCUACGUCGUGGGCGGUGUGUUUUACCAGCGGACUGUUGCGCACGCUCGUGGGUGGAGACAGCUGCCGAACUAUAGCCUGUGGUCGGGCAUUUGGAGUUUUGUCAAGGACUUGUUUGUCAUCUUGACGUCUUCUUGUGCCAGGAUCAUUCCCAGACGGAGAGGAUAUCACACGCUGUCGGGGUCCCCAAACGGGAGGCGCGAGAGCAGGGACGACGAGAACAGGCUGAUUGACCAGCUUGAUGAGGAAUGGGAUGACUGAUGUCUUGACAGCCUGGUGAGCUGUAUUUUCUGGGUUGCAGCUAUUCAUGAACAUUUGGAUUAGCCUUGCGUAGUGGUUGCUUCGCUAGUCAAUCCGACAAAGACCACCAAAACCGCCGCAUAAGCCGCCGUGCUUGAGAGACAUGUGCGUGAUUGUCCAAGAAGAAAGCCGCAAGCGCCCCGAAGACAGCGACGAACACAGUGGUCGAUAUCAAGGCGACGUACAGCUCACCCCGUAGCAUCAUUAGCCACAUGGGGCCGAUGAGAAAGCCGGCCCCGAUGGCCGAGACCAUGAGCCGACUGAAGAGGCGUUUGUAUCGGUUGUCAGUUCGGGAUGGAAUAAUGGGGCCAUGUGGGCGUCCCACUGCCGCACAUCUCUGACCGGCAUGCUGCCGAAACGGCGACUCCUCGCAUCUCCGAAUGCCAUAUCGAGAAUCAACUGAUCUAGCGCCCAUUCGCCGGUCAUGCGGAAUGGGUCACUGCUCGAC